CCAUCUUGAUUCUGCCUUUGUGUCUCCAUCGAUUCCUGGCAUAUAGUAGGAAACACCUGGCAGUCCAUGACUCUAGGACACCUCCCUUGCCCAUUCUCUGGUUACCAUGGAGCCCCUCGAUGGCUGCCCUAGUGCCCAGUCUGAGCACGCACCCAAUGGCUUUGCAGGCGUGAUCUUGAGCCAAGCCAGUGCAGAGAUCGAAGUGGCUGGUGCGAUGGAGCUCAGUGAUCCGGAGCUCUCUGCUACAGCAGGCAGUUCAAAAGAAGAAACAAGCUGGCUGAAGAAGAACACAAAAGUCAACAGGAUUUGGAAUUUUGUUAGCCGGAAGAAAGGGCCUCUGGGCCAGGGGAAGAGGCCCCAGUCCAUGAUUGUCCUUGGAGACCCCGUGAAGACAUCAGAGAACAAACCAAAAAUCACCUUCAUGGACCGAAUGAAAUCCAUUAAGAGGCUCCGAUCAUCUUCCAGUUUGUCUAAGGGUGCCACUCAGAGGACCUUCAAGGCCCAGUCUAUCCAUGACUGCCCCACUGACCAAGAAGAUGGCCUUUGGCAGAAGGACCUUUACAGAGUCAAAAGGCUGUCAGAUAACCAGAAGCCAUUUCGUCACUCCUAUGCUGGGCACACAGAGGACCUGGAGGCCUGUUUUGAAGACGUGGAGUUGAGUGCCCCAGGUCCUGAGACAGAAGCCAGUGAUGGGAAGGGCCUCCGGGAUGCUGAGUUGCAGACAAAUGAAGACCAGGAAGAGAUCUGUCCUCGAGAGCUGGAGGACACAAAAAAUGAAGAUCUGAAUGUUCCAUCCCACUCCUUGAGGGCUGGCCGGGACUGUCGGAAGAGAUGCCAGACCCUCCCCCAGGAUAACCGUCGCAGGAGGACCUCUGAUGUCUGGAGCUACUUGAAAGGGAUCUCAUUGGCAAGCAAAGACAACUCUAAGGCCACUGAGUCAGACCCAGAAGGCAAUUUCCAGGACGUGGAGAGUGCAACAGCGAAUUCAACUCUGUAUUUGGACUUUGAGGCAGGCCCCGAAGAAAGUCUUAGCCAACCGAGAAAGGGAAGCAGUAGUAACAAGGCCACACACUUUGGGGGUGUCUUCAAAUUUUUCACCAACAUGGCAGAAGCAGCCAGGAAGUGGCGAGGGUCUUCCAGAACCCCCUUUCAGGAAGAACCCAAAUCUUCAUCUCAGGGAACCCAACUGCAGCUACAGGAGGUCCCAGAGAAUACUACCUUCUUGAUGAGGCUAUCGCUUCAGUCUCCUGAUUCAGGGAUUUGGGGUCACUCUAGCCUGCAUAAUUCUACAUGGAGAGAUAAUGGACAGCAGGAUCUGGACACAGAAUCUGUUCAUGUUACUUGUUCUUUGGGACUGAAUAGUGAGACCCAAGGUUUGAGCCAAGCUGCUUGUUCCCAGCCUGAUGUCUCUACCCCCUCUCUCUCAACCUUUCAAGGUGAUGGUCAGAUUUCAUCAGACCCUCCAGCCCAGCUAUAUACCCAGGAGCUCUCAGAGCCUCAGCCUUCUUCUCAAGACUUCCAUGAAAAGCCAGAAACUAUGGACAGCUUCCUAGAAGAGAAGGAAACUCUCAAAGAGUCCUCUGAACUGAAUGAGACUAUUGGGUCAAAGCAGGCUGUGAAUGAAGUGGCCUGUGAUAAGGGACAUACUGAUUUCAAAGAGAAGGAGGAGAGGGACAAGAAUGGCCUCUGUCAGACUGAAGAACAAGACUCUUUUGAGCUCUUGGAUGAGACGGGACAUUCAAAAUGCAGCCCCAAGUGUCGCCCAUUCCAGAUGAGCCUGUGCACCAUUGUGUCCCUCGCGGAAAUAAACAAUAGGAAGCCAUCUUGCCACCCUCCUCAUCCAUCACCAUCACCACCGCCCUUCAAGGUUUUGGAUCGAUGCCAUUCUUUACCCCUUUCUCAGAGCAUACCCAUGGGACUGGACCAAAUGGGCUGGAGAAAACGCUUGCUUGUCAACCCAGCAAGCAUGGUCCUAAGCUCCAAGACCCUGGAAGUCCAGAGGGAUAGCCGAAGGAAGAGACAGUAUUGGAAACCCCUAAAGCAGGGGGCUGAGCAAGUACUGGUUAACAAAGGCCUGCAGAGCGGUGAAUGCUCCCAGAGACUGCCUGCCCACCUGUCUGCCCGGCGGCCAGCAUCCCUCCCUGCCUACCUGCCUGCCCUCCGGGCCCUCCCGCCA